UCAUCAGCAUCAAAAAUUAUAUCAAAUAGUGAUGAACCGAUUUUGUUGCACAUCAUAUAAUCGUUAUUGCAAUGUCGCAUUGGCGACAAUUGCAUUCAUAUUAGUAUGUCUCAUAGAUGUCAAAACAACGGCUCAAACGACAGAUGACACGAAUUUAGCCAACAUGACAAGCAACAUUGCUUCAACGUCAUCUUCUAUCCUCGUGACGCCAACAACUAAUUCAAUCACAAACUUCACGAAUGGCACGACGAUAAAGCCGCAACAACAAACAACUUCUCAAACGGUGACGAUUGAGUCUCCAACUUCAUCGCCAUCGACAAUUGCUCUUCCAAAAACGACGACGACGACGAGCAUCGUUGCCGAAGAACAAAGCAAUUUUGUUACAAAUGCAGCGCAGCCAUUAGUUAUGACAACAAGCAGCAAUAGCACCGUGAAUAAUGAGAAUGAUGGCAAAACGUCGCCUUUGUUGCCAACAACAACUCGAGCAACUACAACGAGGGCCAUUGAAGAGCAGCAGCAGCAACACAAUAGUAACGACAACAAUAAUAAUAAAAGUAGCAGUAGCAGUAGAGAUAAUACAAAUAUUAAUAAUAAUAAUGGGGAUGAAACUGCCUCAACAAGUAGUUAUGAGAGAACGACGACAUUUAGACCUUUCAUAGUUCCAACACUUCCAGCAUUGCGACCUCGAAUCGCAAACCAAAGGCCUUAUUCGAAGCAUCAUCAUGACCAUCAUUGGGGUCCAUUUUUCGAGGAACCCGUAAAUGGCACGAACGACAGCGGAGCGCUGCAAGUAGGGUUUCAUUUGGGCACAGAGGCGAUUCUGAAUUGUAGAGUAGGGAUGUUAAAAGAUAAAACGGUAAUGUGGAUCCAAAGAACAACAGACAAAGUUUCUCUGCUAACUGUUGGCAACGUAACCUAUUCGGGCGACCCAAGAAUAGGUGUAAAAUUUCAAUAUCCCAAUAAUUGGCGUCUUCACAUAAAUCCCAUACGCCAAGAGGAUGCCGGGCUGUACAUGUGUCAGGUAUCGACACACCCGCCCAAAGUUUUUGCAACAAAUUUGACAGUUUUAGCACCUGCGAUUCGAGUCGUUGACGAAAUGGGUCACGACGUGAACGAUCGUUAUUAUAAAUUAGGUAGUUUAAUUGAUAUUUCUUGUCAAGUCGCCGUUUCGUAUCUCGCGACAUUGCCGCCUGCGCCAUCAGACAACAAGGGAAGCGGUAGCAAGUCGACAGGAAAUUUAAUUGACAGUGAUAGCAGCAGUAAGAAAGCAACGACGGAUGGGGAUGGAAAAGUUAUGCGAGAUCGCGGACCGCAUUAUCUCAAUCACAAAAUUGAGUGGAAGAAGGAUGGGGAAUCGUUACCGGGUGAUGUUAAAAUUAGCUUAAGCACGUCAAAAAAUUGGAAAAACAGUCGACUAACAAUUUUGCAUGCCUACCAAUCGCAUAGCGGCAUGUACUCCUGUUCUGUCUACAAUACAUCGACAGCAUCUGCUCAUGUACAAGUUUUGAACGGCGAAACACCUGCUGCCGUGCAACACAAUAGUGGAUGUGGCAUCUUUGCGGUCGAUUCUGUACAAAAUACUCAAAUAAAGUUUUUAUCAUCCUUAUUUUUAUUGUUAUUCACAACAUUUUACGCCAACAUUGGUGCCAGCGCAACUUUAACAACAGGCAUAUUAGUAACAAUGCAAGAGAUAAUGUUCGUUGUGUAG